AUGGAAUGCAAAGGCAACGUGACUGAAUUCAUUCUCCUGGGACUAUCGCAGAAUCCUGAGGUACAGAAAGUGUUUUCUGUGUUUUUUGUCAUCAUCUAUAUGAUAACUAUAGUGGGGAACCUGGUCACUGUGGUGCCAGUAAUCGCUAGCCAGAAUCUACACACCACCAUGUACUUCUUUCUUGUCUACUUGUCCUGGAUGAAUGCCUUUUACUCUACUGCCAUGGCCCCCAAGAUGAUUGUAGAUUUACUCUAUAGGAAGAAAACCAUCUCCUUCAAGGGCUAUAUGACCCAGCUCUUUGUGGAACAAUUACUUGGAGGUUCCAAGGUCUUUGUUCUGGUGCUCAUGGCCUAUGACCACUACGUGCCCCAAUUUCAUCGACCACUUUUCUGUGAUACAUACCCUCUGUUGAAACUCGUCUGCACCGAUACCUACUUCAUUGGCCUAUCAGUGGCUGGCAAUGGAGUCUCAACUGCAGGAUUUAAUUCAGACAUUAGACAUGAAACAUAUCUAAAUGAGAUUAAACAGGCAAGGAGCCUGUCCCUUAUGGAUAUCAGCUACACCACUGUCAUCCCCCAAAUGCUCACCAAUUUCCUGUCCAAGGAUAAAGACCUGGUGUGCACAGACACAUUCACGCUUGAGAUAUACAGUGUAGCCAUGACUGUUAUCGACCUUAUACUUCCCUUUGGAGUGAUUGUUGUAUCUUAUGUUUGCAUCCCCGUCACCAUCCUGAAGAUGUCUUCCACCGAGAGCUAUCAGCGGGUUAAGCGUAUCAGUAAAAACGGAGUGCAGCUUGUCCAUAUCACCUAA